GGCGCACCGGCGCAUAACACUGCGCAUGCGUUAAAACAUUUAUUAAAAUUAAUUUCAUAAUUCACAUGCUGGCCAUAAAGUCAAUUUAAAAUUAAAAAGUUCAUAUCGAAACUUUUUUACAAUUGGAACAUUAUUAUUUUUUAUUUUGAAAAAUGAUCCGCGAUAUUCAUUUGUUUUGCUAUCGGCAAUUUUUUCUAAAAAAUAAUUUCGGACUGUGAUAGCAGUUCUGUUUAAGUUUGCGUAAAGUUUUUGUUUUUGAUACUUUAAAGUCAAUAUUUCUCCUAAUCGUUAACCUUCAAAUCGGGUUUUGGUAAAGUAAACAAAUAAAGGAAUACUUAGUCACAGUUAUCAAGAAAUAAUAGUGGUGCAAACAGCUGUCUUGUUAAUUUGCUGUAUUGUUAUUGUUCGUAAAGAGGACCACGUGCUCGCAGAUAUGGCUACAGACGUAGAACUAAACGGCAUUGACUUCAACAACCCCACCACAGACAAGCCUGCUAACCUCGCCAACUCAGCAGUCCUCAGAAUGCUGGAGGAAGAGGAGAGGAACCGAAGGGGAUACCCUAAACUAGACCCUACCCAAGUGCAGGCGAUUUUGGAUACCUUGGUUCACACCAACCAUCGGUUUGAUACCGUCUGGCCCCCGCAGCAGGACCGCAUGCGAUCGGCCCGCAGCUGGGACGGGCAACUCAACGCCACUGGCAAUGUGUACCCUGAGUUCAUGAGGGCCACCAAAGGCCAGAAGAAAGUAGUGUGGCCACCUGUGCCCGAAACGAACGGAUAUCACCAGCAACAGCAGAGUCCUGCGUACCACAACAACGCGCAGCACUCCCCUUCCGCGCCACAGCAGCAACAGCCCCAGGCCAAUUACCAGCCCCAACCCCAGUACCAGCCUCCCCAACCCCAGUACCAGCCUCCCCAACCGCAGUACCAGCCUCCCCAACCUCAGUACCACCAGCCCCAGGCAUAUCAGCAGGCUCAGGCCCCGUACCAGCAACAAUAUCAGCAGCCUCAGAGCCAGCCGGCGCACUGCGAAGGCCGCCGCCAGGAGGCCUGUGGCCUGAGCAAGCUCAUCCCUGUAGGCCCGGGCGUCCAAGCCCCCUCUCCCUCGUCCCCCUACCGCCAGGGCCCGCCGUCCCCCGGAAUCGCGCAGCCCUACCGCCCCGCGAGCAACCGCUGGGCCCCCGUGCCAGCCCCUCUUUCCCCCCAGACACAAGGCUCGCAGCCCUCUUACGGGGCGCAGUCUCAGUUCUCGCCGCAGUCGCAGUACUCGCCGCAGCCUCAAUACUCGCCACAGUACGAGCCGGCGUACCAGCCGCCACAGAGGCAGUUCGAGCCUCCACCAGCGACCAUCACACUCCGUCAGCAGCAGCCCAUCCACCAGAAGCCGCCGCCAGUCUUCGCUAGCCAGCCGGCCACAGCAUCGUUCCAAGGCGGCGUCAACAUGCGUGGAGACCAGAAAUGGCCGCCGCAGUCGGUGAAGGAGGCCGUCGAGGCAGAGAACGAGGCGAGGAGACAGCUCGCCAAGGGCCCAGCCUGCAGACCACGCAAGGUGAAAAAGGAUUACACUACAUUCUUCGCGCAGCACGCUCUCAACAACAACUACCCAGGGUACCGCGCGCCGCCCGGCACGCAACACUACGAGGACUACUCAGGCCGAUCUUCCUACUAACUUAGAUCAACCAUUAAGUAUUAUUAACUGACAGACAUUAUCAUCUCCCUAGAAAAUAGUCAUCACAUGAAUCGUAACGGACAAGUAUUAAUUUGUCUAAUCCAUAAUACCAGUUCACGACCACAUCAAAGAACUUUUUGUUGGCAUUAUUAAUGUUAAAUGUGUGUCUAUAGAAAUAGAUUUUUGGGGCAAACGCAUUAGUAAUAUCAACGAAACGAAUCGUUCAGUUUCAUCUGAAAUACAUGGGUAAUUACUUUGAGAAGCGAAGUCUCGGGAGAAUGGACUUCAAGUGUAAGUACUUGUAUUGACUUUAGGUAUAAAGUCUCGAAGCAUGUACGGGAUUGGACAUUACAAUCAGUACUUAAUUGUAGUAUUAAUUUAUUGUUUAACCAUUAAUUAGUUCGUAAGCAUAAAAUACUUAUAAAAUAAUAAAAAAUAUUGCACCGUCAUUUCUAAAUGAUACUUCAUGUUUAUUCGUCAUCACAUUUUUAUAUUAUUUAACUUCUCGAUGUAAAUGUGCGGCUUUAAACAUUGCGAACGUAAUAAUAAGCGAAGAAAAUUAUUCAUGCUUUUUAAUACAAAUUGUAUAUAAUGCUCAAUUGUCACUAAUAUUACAGAAUUACCAAAAAAUACCAUGUAAUAUUUGUAAUAUUGGCUUUGCAUUUGCUUUAUACCAAAUUUUUAUAUUUAACCUUGCGUUGAACUAUUUGUCAAAUUGGCUAAAUUGCCUACCUACCUAGUCAUGAAGAGAUUACUCAAAUAUUUUGUAUAUAAAAUGUUACAAAAGCAUUACUGAUUUGAUAUUAUGUAAUUUAUUAUAUUUUAAUGAAAUAAAUUGUACAAAAUGUC